CCAGCGCGGAAGAAUUUCGCAUUUCGCAUUCGAAUUUUGGAUUUGGAAUUUAGGUUUGGAUUUGAAUUUGAGCGCGAGUGCCAUAAAAUAAUUAAUAAACAAAUUCAGUGCGAAUAUCAAUGAAAUGCCAAACUAAGGCACUUGGAAAAGUUUUCCAUCCGAAUUGUUAUUGGCACCGAAGCCAACAAGUGUCAAUUGAAUUAGCGCCUCCGCGGACAAAAAAAAAAAGAGAGAUUAUCAAGGCGCAACAGGUGAUUGGUGGCUGUUUGUAGCGAUUGGUGGUAUCUGUGUUGGUGCCUGUGAGAUGAAGUCCCGAUCUGUGUGCAGUCAGCCUAUCGAUGGGCAGUGAGAAUUGAAAAACCCGAAGGGGCUCCUCCAAAGUGCCAAUGAGCAAGAAGCAUUUAAGUCAUACCAACGGCAACAGUCAAUCAUCGAUCCUCCCGUGAUUCCAGCCAAAUAAAAUUUCAUCCUCUCAUGUGACAACUAAAACAAGCCAUAAAGCUAAUACCGAAAAGGAAAUAAAAGCAAUAGAAAGUAUAAAGUGGCGGAGGGCGGAGCAGCCGCAAAAGGGUCACCGCAGCGGAGUAGGAGCAGAAGGAAAUGGCGGAUACGCAAUGCGCAACAUGUGUUAUUGCUCUCGCUGCUCCAGCCACGACUACCUCGAGUCAAUUACGAAAUUUACAAUUUAAUUGAAGCUCACACUGUCCGUUGCCUUCCACACAGUCAAUUAGCCAACACUCCCCCCAUAUCGGCGUCCAACACUCGGACACAGAGCUUGAGAAAAUGUCGGAGUUCCGAUACCUAUCGAUCACGGAUCUAUCCUUUAAUCUGCCAAUAGCACCGCUUCAUGCCGCCGCCAAGACAGAGGAGCCGGGCUUAUCGGACAACCCCACCACCGAGCUAAAUAUUCCCUACACCGUUUUCGAGAUCCUUGUGGCCAUCGUCAGCAUCAUCGGCAAUGUGCUGGUCAUCAUUGUGUUUCGCCGUGAACGGAAGCUGCGCCGCAGGACCAACUACUACAUUGUCUCCCUGGCCAUGGCCGACUUCCUAGUGGGCAGUCUGGGGGUACCGUUUGCCAUCCUAGCCUCCAUCGGACUACCACACAACCUGCACGCCUGCCUCUUCACCGUAUCGCUGCUCGUGGUGCUCUGCACCAUCUCUAUCUUCUGCCUGGUGGCCGUCUCCGUGGAUCGCUACUGGGCCAUCCUUUAUCCGAUGGCAUACUCGCGCAACGUGCGCACUCGGACGGCGAUUUUCAUCAUCUCUAUGUGCUGGGUGGCUGGAACGAUUGUGGGGUUCCUGCCGCUCUUCGGCUGGCAUGCGGAUGUGGCUCACAAUCAGGAGUGCCUAUUUGUGGAGGUGAUGGACUAUGACUACCUGGUCUUUCUGUACUUUGCCACGAUCAUCACACCGGCGCUGCUCAUGCUGGCCUUCUACACGCACAUCUAUCGCGUCAUCAUCAAGCAGGUGCGCCAGAUCGUCACCAUGAAUCCUGCCUCGGACCUAAGCCGGCGCUCCUCCACAGCUCCCAUGCAGGUGAUGCCAGGAAGGGGUGGUCAUGCGGGCACAAUGCUUAGGGUGCUGGGAGCAGCCCGCAAGCGGGACGUGAAAGCCACGCAAAAUCUUUCCAUUAUUGUGCUGUUCUUUAUGAUCUGCUGGAUACCUCUAUACACGAUCAACUGCAUAAAGGCCUUCUGCCCCGACUGCUAUGUCCAUCCCAAGCUGACGCUCUUUUGCAUCAUCCUAUCACACUUGAAUUCGGCCGUAAACCCCGUUCUCUACGCCUACCACCUCAAAGACUUCCGGGCCGCACUCAAGAACCUGCUGCUCAAGAUGAUGGGCGUGGAUAUCGAUCAGCAGGCGGAGGCUACCCACCGUUUUUCUCUGGCCAGCCAGCACCGCCUUCAGUCGAUGGACUCAAACAUGCGCUCCACGCAGCCGCGCCUCUAUGUGGGUGAGUACUCACCGAUCUGGCUGCGGCAGCAGCAGGAGGCGCUCAAGAACUCCCAGCUGCUGACCAAGUGCGGCGUGGUCUCGCCAUGCUUCAACAACAUCAACCAGACGGUGGCCGCCGUCGCCUCCGUUACUACUGAGAUGGAGCGCGAGAUGUGGAACAUCAUGGAGGCCUCCAGCGGUGCAGAGCUGGGCGAGAUAAGCUACGAGUUCCCGAUCCCCGCGGGACUGAGUCCCAAGCGAGAGAGCGAUCACGAUAGCAAUAUCUCUAUCCCACCUCGCACCUUACCUGAUAAGCCAGCGCCUCUUCAGCCCGCUACCUAUGGGAUGCAUCCGCGCUGUGACAGCGUCUACUCAUACGACAACCAAAACUACUCCUCCAGUCAGGAUGAAGAUGAUGAAGGCCUGGGCGAUGGGGACGGCGACGACUUGGAUUUCGAGGAUGUCUUUGAUCCAGGCACUGUCACCCAGAUUGGCGUGGAUCCCACUGAGCUCCGUCGAUCAUUGGCCCUUGCUAUGCGCGAGAAACUCCGAUCAGACGAUACGGACUACCAGAAUCAGCCAAGCAAUAUCCACGAGCUGCCCUAUGACCUUGACCUAGGACUGCAGCAGGAGCGGGCCAAGGCCAGGCCUUGUUCCACCCGGACCUCGCCCACCAAUGGUCCGCUUCCAGCGCUGCUGCGGGAAAAACUUUUUGCCGGCAACGCAAACAGCGCCCACUGCCUCCCCGGGACGUCGCAAAAAGAAGGGACCACCUCCACCCCAGGCGUCUACGUCAUAGAUAGCGAGGCGAGUCCACUGUCAACAGGCCACAAGCCAAAGUACCGUAAGGGAACCGCCCUAACCAGGAACUCGCUAAAGAAGAGCCGCUCCUGCACUUGCAGCAUUAACGCCAAGGGGCGUGCACAGGGCGAUGGCCAUGAAGAUGUAGUCCCUUCGCACAACAACAACAAUAAUCUCAGCGAUCCGCAAGAGUCGCCUUCAAACCAACACCAGGAGAGCUUCUUCAGCCCUCUGAGAUCGGUGGGCAGCUUUAUGCAGCAUUCCAACCUGUUUCACUUCCUCCAACCGCAUGCCCCAAGGCACCCCUCAGUUUCGACGAAUUCACCAGGAUCGUCCACACCCACACCCACGCCUGCACCCCUCCUGGCUAUAGAAGGGGCAGCCUCCGCCUCCACACCGUCCCUAGCCACUGCUAGUGCGGAGAGCUGACCAGUGGACGAGAGCAAUCGCUCCACCCGCAGUAGUCCCUAGGCAAAUACUCGCAAGUCAAAGCUUAUAUUUUAAGUACAUGAUGGCUCUCAUUAGUUUCCUUCCGCGUUAGGAAGACCUUAGCGGCUUUGGGCUUUCGAGAUCAAUCGGAUCCAUCGAUAGCGGUAGUUGAAUUCUUAGGAAGUUACGUUUAUGCAUUUAUUUUGAGUAUGAAUUAAUGUACGGACUAGCUAAUUUUGUAAAUAACGUUAAAUAUUGUUGGAGUAUUUAUCUGUGUAAUCGAUGAUAUAAAUUUGUGCAAUUUAACUGUUUGCCCCUAUUUGUAAAUGUGUAUAGUAUAUGAUGUAUAUGUUGUAUAAACAUAUGUAUGUUUGUGUAUAACUGAACGUCUGUGAAAACGAAAGCUAUUCGAAAUGAAUUUCAAAGUUAAAGUUAAAUAAAUCAUAAAUUGUAAACUAAAUGGAAGCUCAAAGCUGAAUUUCAAUGGGUUGUGUUAUUCGCGUAAGAAUUGACCUUUGGUUUGAACAAUAUCAAUCGCUUCUGGUGAGAUAUGAAUAUGAAUGUGCCUCUUAGAAAGGGUAUAUAUCAAUCAUGUCUAAAAGCUGAAGCAACAUCUGUUCUGAUAUUUCGAAAGCUUCGGACUAGGGUUGUGACUUGGCUGAAAUGUAAGUCUAUCGAUACCUCCAGUUUUCAUGCUUUUCAAGCAUGCUGUUCUCAAGUGCGCAUUUAUCCAACUAAUCAACUGCGUCU